CCCACCCCCUCGGUCAUUUCUAUAAUCGAACGUCGAGCUGCACGAUCCGCACCACUGCAAUGAUGCGCCUUUCAUUUUGGACGGGAACCUCGGCGAGCAGCUCGCAGCCGCGGCGCUCCGACCCCGUCGCGUCGUCCGCGAGUCGUUAGUGUGCGAGCGUGUCGAUGCGCGCGUGUGCGCGCGGAGCUGGAGCUGGAGACGGGCCGUGCUGUGCAGAGAAAUCCAAAAUGACUCGACAUGGCUGUUGGUUCGACUCAACGCACACGGCUCCGCCAGCGACCCUGGCAACCGUGAGCAGCUGAGGGAGCGACGCGCACAAACAUCUUGAUGAGAGCCAGGAGAGAGGUCGGGUGGCCAUGGACCCGUUCAGCCAGCUUAUUCUCGCCAUCUCCGUGAGCAGCUUCGUCACCUUCCAGUGGCUCUUCCACAGAGUCAGCCCCUGGAUCUCCGUACGCGUCAGCGCCGGCUUCCACCGCCUCAGCGACAAGCAGAAGGUCGAAUGGAACUCAAGGACCGUGUCGACGUUUCACGCCAUGUUGGUGGGAAUCUUCUGUCUCUGCAUCUUGUGGUUUGACGACGCCGUCAAUGAAGACCCAGUUUGGGGAGAUCCUACACUGGUGAAGACUAAUGUUGCCAUCACAACAGGCUACCUCAUAUCUGAUCUGCUGCUAAUAUUUUACUAUUGGAAGGCGAUAGGAGACAAGUUUUUUGUAAUUCACCAUCUGGCAGCGUUGUAUGCUUACUACUAUGUACUGGGCCAAGGAAUGUUGCCUUAUUUUGCUAACUUCCGGCUGCUUGCUGAGUUCUCCACGCCGUGCGUGAACCAGCGCUGGUUUUUUGAGGUUCUAGGCUAUCCCAAGUCGUCCCGGCCCAACAUGGCAAACGGCGUCGCCAUGGCGGCGGUCUUUUUCAUGGUCCGCAUCGCCGUCAUGCCCGUCUACUACAGUCGCAUGUAUGCAGUCUACGGCACCGAGGCCUUCUACCUGGUGCCCUGGGGCGGCCGCGUGGCCUGGAUCGGCUCCAGCAUCUGCCUGGACAUCAUGAACGUCAUGUGGAUGCAUAAGAUCGCCCGCGGCUGCUACAAGGUGCUGCGCUCGGCGCACUGGGACAAGGCCGGAGCGCCGCAGGAGAACGGGAAGACGGAUUAGAGGCACCGGGGCCCUCAGCGGCGCCGAACACUGCAAUAGAGACAACAAGAUGUCACUCUGAGUCCCAGUGCUUGACGAGCAGCAAGCCGGACCCUCGCAUGGAAGCUGGGACAUUAGAGGACCGAAUGUAAUGAGGUGUGGUAAGUGGGCACACUCGCUGAGCUGUACGAUGGACCGCUCAACAGGCCAUCCCCAAGCCAUCAAAUGACCUCUUAGCAAUACUCCUGUUUGCAUGGCCAAUUAUGUUUCUCUUGAACAAUCUAGCACUACACGAGAGAGGUCGUCCUGCGAAGGCCGGACUCCUGGUCCAAACACAAAUUGUCAAAAGUUUACCGUUCUUCGCAUUCGUGCUACUUCACGGAAGAAGUUUCCUUUUGUAUUACUGUCGCUGCCAGAGUCCCAGGAUCAAAACGAGUGAACGUGCGUCUGUGGUCGGUGCCAUAACACCAUUGCCAGGUGUUUGUUCAGGGAGGCGGGUCGAGCGUCGUUCGCUCCCAUUUGAGGUAAUUGUGCAGGGACAGGUUUGGAUGAAAUUGAACAAAUCAGCUCAUCACCUUCAUGGCGUCAUUUGUGCAAGCGUUUCAUUUAAAGGAAUCUGCUCAUUGAAGCAACUCUGGGGAAAAAGGGUGAAAGUGUUUUUGUAGUCUGCUUCCUUUGUCUGGCUGGAGUCCGGACAAACCUGUUAAAAAAUGCAAACGGUUCAGAUUUUUAAAGUGACAAAGACUGAUGUAUAAAGUACCUAAAAGGGAAUGUGAAUGUCAGUGAUGUGUGUGUUUACUGGCAUUAAGAAACGCAGGGACUUUGGGAGACGGUUAAAACUAGAUGUCUACAACAGAAAUAAGGGGAAAAUGUGGCAUUGCAUAAGCAGAAAUUAGUUCUUUACACUGUUUUGUAGGAGCCGACAUUUUUAUUCACACGUUAAGGGGUCAGACUAAGUGCUGGAGAUGUGGUUUGGAUUCGGACACAACCCGAAACUAAAGCGAAACACAGGUCAAUUGACACGUUUUUUCCACCUCCGGCAGUGACCUAAUAUUUAUAUACAGUAAUAUUCACGUGAUAUCGUCUCUUUUUAGACAGAAACUGUUUUUACUCUGCUGCUGCCGUGAUUGUUAUCCAGGAAGAAAUCAGCGCUUCUUAGCUCAGCUCAGUUCAGUUCGGUUCAGCUCAUAAUUUCCCUUUUUUUUAGUUUAAUGUGAAAUCAAAGACAAUAAUCAGUGUUUCAUAUUGUAAAAGUUUAGUUUGUCAAAGAUAUUUGUUAACAAACAUUGUGAGAAAAAUAGCUUCUGCCUCAUGUUAUAUAUGAUUUCCACUCAGCUGUUUAACAUAAUAUGUACUUCCAUAUUUAUUCAUCUAAUGGUACAAAGGUUGUGCUGUUUUAUCAGUGCUUAUGAAUUUAUGGCAAAGUGAAUUUAAUUCACAUGUUGUAAUUGUUUUCUUAAGUAUCUUCUAUUGAGUAAGCAGUUACAUUUUAGUCGACAGGCGUCACUGAACACAGGAGCAACUCGGUUCAAAGACCUUCUUUUUAUAAUAAAUUUAAAUGUCACUUGUUCAAAUUAAAACUUCUAUUUCAUCGAUGAUUUACCAACACGUACUUGAAUUUUCAUUGUAAGUGUAUCUUAUUAUGAGCUUGUUGUGAAACAGGGAUUAACGCUUCGCCUUGCUGCGUUCAGCAUUUGAGUUUGUUGCCUUUUUCCAAAAACGACCUGCCGUUGUCCAGUGAAAACCUUUAGUUUGGCUUCACCCGACUCCUCACCAACACAGUGUGACGCCCCUGUGUGCAGUUUCCACGUCUGACGCCUUGUUAAUAGUUUUAAAUGUGAAGUCAACCGGCUUGUCAAGGCUGGAUGUUGUGAUGCUCGAUUAUAAUUUUCAUUUUCAUUUUGUCACGUGCCAGCGCUUAAGCCAUUACUACACUCUGUUAUCAUCACAGGCCGAUGCUGUUGUUUUGUUUUUGUUUAUUUGUUUGUUCUGUGAGCAUGUUAACGCGCUGGUGCCAACUUGCGACUGGUGGUCCUGUUUCACGCUGCGUGUGGUGGUAGGAAGCACGUUCAGUGGUGGAGCGUUUGAAGUCGGGUGGACUGAACGUGUGAGCUGUGAGGGGGGUUUCAUGUUCAUACGUCUCGGGGGGAUGAGUCGGCCACGUCCCGCUCUGUUUCAGCACACGUCUGCCACAGUCAGACUCUGGCCGCAGCUUCACACCUUGUCAACACGCUCUCCACGCGCCCUUUAUAACUGCAUGUCGUGUUGCAUGCAGAUUGCACUCUAAAGGAAAACAUCCGACACCUGUAGACAGAUCUAGUUUUCUGUACAUAAUGUUUAUCUAAACGUUAUUCUUGUACUUUGCCACAUGAUGCAAUCCAGACGAUGCUCAGAAAUCUAUGAAUCUAGAAUCAUGUCCAGCGCAGGAAUAAUCAGUGAGGGGCUACUUGAAUGCUAUUCAGCACAGUUCAUAGCGACAAACAGGAGCAUCCUGCAUCAGAAGCGCUGGUAGAGGGCAGCAAAGCGCUGCCGCCACAGUCAAACAGGUGCAGGUGGAUCUGAUGUGAAUGUUGUGGAGGAGAGAGGAGAAUUUAGUGAAACACCCUGAAUGUACUGCAGACGGAAAAGAAUAUGUGACGGGAUUGCUGGGUAUAUUUGAAUUUGCAUUUUGUUUUGUUCUUUUCAAUAAAUACCAAAAAUAACUGAUGUGAUGUUGAUGAGGCGUCAUUCAAAACGUGUUUGAAGCACACUUUUUUUGUACAAAUGCCCAAAACAUGAUUAAAGUCAUUCAUACUGGGUGGAACCGUU